ACAAGUACUCUUUUAAAGAAACUUAUUUCCAUGAAGUUUAAGGGCAAGGAAAACAUAAGGGAGUACAUUAUGGAAAUGUCUCACCUUGCUUCAAAGUUGAAGGCACUAAAGCUUGAGCUUUCGGAUGACUUGCUUGUGCAUUUAGUGCUUAUCUCUCUUCCUCCACAAUUCAGUCAAUUUAAAGUCAGUUACAACUGCCAAAGGGAGAAAUGGACUCUUAAUGAGCUCAUUUCAUUUUGUGUUCAAGAGGAAGAAAGAUUGAAGCAAGAGAAGACUGAAAGUGCUCAUUUGGCAAGCACCUCUAAAGAUAAGGGCAAGAAAAGAAAGAAUGAGGCUGCUAAGGAUAAAGGUCCUGCUCAUAAGAAACAAACUCAAGCCAAUAAUGAUGAUGCUUGUUACUUUUGUAACAUGAAAGGACACAUGAAGAAGGAAUGUGCUAAGUAUAUUGCAUGGCGAGCAAAGAAAGGGUUGCCUGAGUUACCGAAAGCCAAAUGAUGCUGAAAGAAGCAUUUAUGUGGGAGAUGGCAAGUCGGUAAAUGUAGAAGCAAUAGGGCAUUUUAGGUUGUUGUUAAGUACUGGUUACUAUUUGGACUUAAUAGAUACUUUUGUUGUACCGUCUUUUAGACGGAAUUUGGUUUCUGUUUCUUGUUUGGACAAAUUGGGUUAUUAUUGUUCAUUU